GGUCGAAAGCAGAGCACCUCGGUUUCUUCAUUUCUUUUUUUUUAACUGUCACUUUGAUCUCUCUUCUGCAGACAAUUGUAUUGAACCGCCAGCAUUUGCAAAAUGGCGCUGUCAGAUUAUACCAUCAUUGACAGCUUUGUUGUAGACGGGCUACUCAAUCAAAGAGUGCAAUUUCUUGUGCCAUUGGAUCACAAAAACCCAUCCAACGGCGAGAACAUCACCAUCUGUGCGAACAUCACUCAGAAGUUCAAAAGCAAAAUCCACAAGAACCACUCGGAAUCCAUAGUUUUUCCCACUGAGCGCAAAUUAUUGGCCUACCUCCAAGGCGGGCCUGGGUUCCCAUGCGCAGUGCCCGUAUCCAACUCAAGCUAUACCAGGGUGCUCGUAGAUGAAGGAUACCAGCUAGUGUUUUACGACCAGAGAGGCACUGGACUCAGCUCGCCAAUCGAGACAGACCUGUUGAUUGGAAAAAUGUCUUCCGUGCAAAAUCGGAACUUGUCACGCACAGAAAACCUUCUUCUGUAUGUGCUCCACUUCAGAGCCGACUCAAUUGUCGAGGACAUGGAGUACGUUCGCCGCGUGUUGAUCGGCAACGCCAAAUGGUCAUUGUUGGGCCAGUCUUUCGGCGGCUUUUGCAGCUUCACCUACUUGUCUCGAUACCCACAGUCGCUAGAAGAGGUCUAUGUAACCGGAGGCGUGCCCCCUAUUGGAUUCACUGCUGACGAUGUCUACCGCCAAACGUACGAGCGCACAAAGGAGCGGAACGCCCACUACUACCAAAAAUACCCGCAAGACGUGGUACGUGUCAGACACAUUGCCGCUUAUUUGCACGAGAACCGCGUCAAGUUGCCAAGUGGCGGAACGCUCUCUGUGGAACGAUUCCAGCAGUUGGGAAUCCGGUUUGGUGCCGCAGGAGGCACCGAUGGGCUCCACGCGAUCAUCACAGAGAUGUGGGCUGCCCUUGAAAAUAGUGGAAAACCAACCUACGCGGUCUUGCACAGGAUUGAAAAAGACACGUCUUUCGACACCAACGUGCUAUACGCUUUGUUCCAAGAGGCCAUAUACUGCGAUGGGUCCAACAAGUCUGGAUCCCAGAAAUCAGCAUGGGCAGCAGAUAGGCUUCGAUACGCGCCCGGCAACGAGAACUUUGUUGCCAAUGAAGAUAUACUUGAGACGAAUCGUCCGAUAUACUUCACUGGAGAAAUGGUGUACAAGUCAAUGUACGAAGACUACAAAGAGCUCGUUCCACUCAAGGAGCUAGCCCACGCGUUGCACGAGAAUGAAGUUUGGUCCGACUUGUACAACGUGGAAGUCUUGCAGAAAAUACAGUGGGAAGACGUACCAAUAGUGGCAGCAACAUACUACUACGAUCAGUACGUUGACUUUGACCUCACGAUGCGCGUCAAAAAGCAGGUCUUCCAGAAUAACGGCAACUACAACUUGAGGCAGUACAUCACCAGCGAAUUUUUCCACAACGGGCUUCGUGCAAACCCAGCAAAAGUUUUAGGUUCCAUGUUUCAGUUGCGCAAACGCGAGAUUGAUUGAGCCAAAGGCACCCACAAAUUCAGUCGAAAGGAAUUAAC